UUCACUGAUCAAGAUAUAACUCAUAUCACGUCCCUCGAAUUGUCACCUAUCAGUGAACAAGUGUUCAGGUGUGUCGGACAGGUCUUGAAAUCAUACCGGAGCGUGUUAAAUAUAUUAACGUACCUCCUCAAAAUCCUCUUUUCAGUAUAAUUAUAUUUAAUCUUUUGAAAAUGAAUUACAUAUUACCCACGGCUCUUUGUGUGUUAAGUAUCGCAAGAAUUAAAGCCGAUUUGGACACAAGAUGUACGGCCGAAUAUUGCGCGUAUCUUAUGCACCGAAGAAAUACGUAGAGGAAAAAGGUUGUCCUUCGCUGCCUAUCGAAUGCAUUGUCAUGAACGCCACCCACCAUGGGACAUUUUUCACGUACCCGGACUUUUGCAAUUGUUGCGAUUACUGUCUGAAAAAUCUGGCAGAAGGAGAAAUCUGUUCGAUUGGUUAUCCAGGAACGUUAACGCCGAAAGAGAUGUGUGGUCCAAGUUUAGCAUGCACUCCGAAUAAAAAUACUCAUGCGACUUGUCAACGCAUCUCAUCUAAGUGCACGCAAGCUCAGGAUGCUUUCGACAGGCGCAAAGAAGAUGGUACUUUAGGAAGUUUCGAGUUUCGUCCUCGAUGUGACGACGAUGGGCAUUAUGUCCCUGAACAUUGCGUUCCAGGGUUCACAUGUUACUGCGUCGCUCCAACCGGCGAGAGGAUUUUCGGAGAGAUUCCGUAUUUAAAUUCUUGGGACGUCCAGCAAAUGUCUUGCGGUUGCUCUCUGCAUGCCUGGAAAGCUGAGAACACUUUGGAUCCCAUGUUUCCGAUCCGAGUGGCUCGAUGUCUGGAAAAUGGCCUCUUCGAUCCUCUUCAAUGCACUUCGGCGAUAAAUGCAACUUGCUUUUGCGUGGAUACCGUGAGUGGUGCUCCAAAAAUGAACACCGAGCCUGUUCCUGGCUCCGAACUGAAAGAAAGCAAUCCUUUCUGCUUCGAUCCAUCGAUUCACAUUCCUGGUUCUUACGAAAAGUCAUGCGAGUUUGAGUUCAACAGCUUAUACGAAGGAAUGAAGAAUCUCGGGGGACUUAAAGGCAUUUCAGACGUUAAACUUCCGUCUUGCCAACCCGAUGGAAAUUACGCUCCAGUUCAAAGUAUGAUGUCCAAAAAAGUCUGCGUCGACCCUCGUGGAGUGCAAAUAGAGAAUUUCGAGGCUGCGGAAAACUCGAUGGAAUCGAACAUUAUGAACUGCAAGUGUGCACGGACUCGAUGGCUUCUGGCAAAAUCAAGAACCGUGGACUUGCCAAGCUGCUGCUCGUUUGGGAAUUUCCAAGCUUGGCAGUGUCGAAGGAACGAGUGCUUCUGCGUAGACGAGAAUGGCGAUCAAACCGAGCGAGAGGUGGACAUUAACGAGAUAGAAAAGCUCUCGUGUUACAAGGCAAAUGAAGGAGAAGCUUGUGCGGUUCCGUAGUACUCCUCGUAUCAUGGAUUUAAACUAAGAAGAAACGCAUUUUCAACACCUCUCGCUCGGGCUCGCAAAUAAAAGAUUUGACGAAAA